CUAUGACAAAGAUGGCCCAGACUGGUAAUUUCAGGCUCAUUUGUGAAUUCAUGAGCCCAUUCUUAAUUUCUUACGCGGAGCACUACUACAUUCGCCGGAUCUUCGGACGUAUAUAUGUGUCGAAUGCGAAACUACGAAAGGCGUUUUCCUCUUUCGCUAGUCUUUACAGCUCGACUUGCGGAGCGAGUUCAUCUUCUCGUUGUCUUCUCCGUGCUUUGGCUUUUAUUCAAAAGAAGAAGCCGAUGAAGUCGGUGGUCGGAAUGGUGGUGUCCAACAAGAUGCAGAAGUCAGUGGUGGUGGCGGUGGAUAGGCUUUUCCACCACAAGAUUUACAACCGCUAUGUUAAGCGUACCUCCAAGUUCAUGGCUCAUGAUGAGAAAAACGAAUGCAAUAUUGGCGACAGAGUUAGAUUGGAUCCUUCCAGACCAUUAAGCAAGCAUAAGCGUUGGAUGGUUUCUGAAAUUUUGAAGAAAGCUCGGAUCUACGUGCCUCCAGCUAAGGAGAGACCUGCUAAUUCAGAAAGCAAGAGUGCACUACCAUCUUCUUAAGGUGGGAGAGGGGUUAGGGGAAGAUUUUUCCCUUAGAAGGCCUAGCGAGAACAAUAUCAAGGUUUGGACAUUUAAGGUCUCAGUGGAUGCAACAACCUGACUUUUGUGGCUUGCGAAAUUAUUGCUAACAUUUGGAAGUUUCCUUUGUAGUCAGUCCUUUACUAUAGAUAAAGGCUUCCUAAUUAGUAAAAAAAUUAUACUGAAAUUAAUAACAAUUAGUCUCUGUAGAAGGUUGAGACCAUUUGAAGAAUGUAUAGUAUCUGAAACUUCAAUCCUUCCUGUAUAGAAGGUAAUACUGGAUUAGAUUGCUUACUUUGGGUCAUCCUCAUUGCUUUGAAUCUGAUUAGCAUUAUGAAUCUUGGGUUUCAGUCCUUAGAAUUAAAUUUUAAAAAGAGUGAAUCUUGGUUUAUGAUCCUUCAAAAAUUUAUUUUUGACUGAGAAGCAUGGCAAAUGGGCUGUCAAACCACAUACUGCAAUAAAUAUCUUGUUUCUUUCAUUAUAUGCUAUCUAGGUUCACUGUAUUGCCAUAAUAAAUGGUUGAACAAUUUAUUUGUUGCUUCUGAGACAAUAUUGGAAAUGAAUUAGAUCCUAAUAUUCUGCAUGUUAUGGAAACGGAGACCUGGAAAUGGUAUGAUUGGAGUAUUAUUAUGUGAUACCGCACCGCUUUUCUCCCUUUCAAUUGUCACAUGCAUUUUCAAUUCCAGUACUUUUAUUUCCAGUCAAUAGCAUCUCAGUCAAUUUGAGUUUCUAAUAUACUGUUAGUCUAUUUUUUGGCCUCGAUUCUGCUGAACUUCAAGAGUAUGUGAUGGAAAGAUGAUCUAAACUGAAUGAAACUGUUUUUUUUUUCAAUGUAUGU